AUGGCCUUCGCCGGCCAGACUCCCACAAUCAUCGUCCUCAAAGAAGGCACGGAUGCCUCGCAGGGAAAGGGACAGAUCAUUUCCAACAUCAAUGCCUGCGUCGCAGUGCAAUCCACGAUCAAGAGCACGCUCGGUCCGUACGGCGGGGAUCUGUUGCUGGUGGACAGCAACGGCCGGCAGACCAUCACGAACGAUGGUGCCACAGUAAUGAAGCUCCUCGAUAUUGUGCACCCCGCCGCCCGCAUCUUGACCGAUAUUGCGCGCUCCCAGGACGCUGAGGUGGGCGAUGGCACCACGUCGGUGGUGGUGCUGGCGGGUGAGAUUCUGAAGGAAGUCCGCGAGCUGGUGGAACAGGGCGUCAGUUCACAGACGAUUAUCAAGGGCCUACGGAGAGCCGGUUCCAUGGCCGUCAACAAGGUCAAGGAGAUUGCGGUGGAAAUGAUCGAGUCGGCUGGCAGUGAAGAGAAGAAGGUGGAGACGCUACGACGGUUGGCGGGCACGGCCAUGAACAGCAAGCUGAUCAAGCGGAACUCGGAUUUUUUCACCAAGAUGGUUGUCGAUGCGGUGCUGUCGCUGGACCAGGACGACCUGAACGAGAAACUGAUCGGUGUGAAGAAGGUCACCGGCGGUGGUCUGCAGGAUUCGCUCUUUGUCAACGGUGUGGCCUUCAAGAAGACCUUCUCUUAUGCCGGUUUCGAACAGCAGCCCAAGUCCUUCAAGGACCCCAAGAUCGUCUGCUUGAACGUCGAGCUGGAGUUGAAGAGCGAAAAGGACAACGCGGAGGUCCGGGUUGAGCAGGUCUCCGAGUACCAGGCGAUCGUCGACGCGGAGUGGCAGAUCAUCUACAACAAGCUCGAGGCUAUCUACAAGACGGGUGCGAAGGUUGUGCUCAGCAAGUUGCCUAUCGGUGAUUUGGCUACACAGUACUUUGCGGACCGCGACAUCUUCUGUGCGGGUCGUGUUGCAGCGGAGGACAUGGAGCGGGUGUGCCAGGCGACUGGCGCCGCCACGCAGUCGACCUGCAGCGACAUCCAGGAGCGUCAUCUGGGUACUUGCGGCUCGUUUGAGGAGCGUCAGAUUGGUGGGGAGCGGUUCAACCUGUUCUCGGAGUGCCCGGCGGCCAAGACGUGUACGCUGGUGCUCCGUGGCGGAGCCGAGCAGUUCAUUGCCGAGGUGGAGCGGAGUCUGCACGACGCCAUCAUGAUUGUGAAGCGGGCGCUGCGGAACACGACCAUCGUCGCGGGAGGCGGUGCCACCGAGAUGGAGCUGUCCGGCUACCUGCACAAGUAUGCGGACCGCAACGUGCCCCACAAGCAGCAAGCCGUGGUCAAGGCGUUUGCCAAGGCGCUGGAGGUGAUUCCGCGUCAGCUGUGCGACAACGCGGGCUUCGAUGCGACCGACAUCCUGAACCGGCUGCGGGUGGACCACCGCAAGGGCGCGGUGUGGGCCGGCGUGGACUUUGACCACGAGGGUGUGCGCGACAACAUGGAGGCGUUUGUGUGGGAGCCCAGUCUGGUCAAGGUGAACGCGAUUCAGGCGGCCGUGGAGGCGGCCUGCCUGAUCCUCAGCGUGGACGAGACCAUCAAGAACGAAGAAUCGGCCCAGCCUCAGGCGCCGACGCGUGGACUUCCCCCGGGAGCUGCUCAGCGGGCGCUUGGUGGAGGACGGGGCCGUGGCAUGCCCCGUCGGGGUCGGUAA